UGCCCCACUCGCGCACCGCUCAGUGCUGGUCGUGCAGUCGUCGCGUCUUUAUCCUUUUCACGCUUGGCUGAGUGAAAAGUCGACUACCGCGAGUUACCGAUCAUCAUCAUCCGUUCCGAGUGAUCCCGACGAUUCCGCCGGACUGUGUGGAGUGUUGUCGAGAGCCCGGUGGCCGUGUCAGAGAGUAUUCACACGAGACACCAUCGCGUCGAGAUCUAUCGGAGUUUUGGCAGCAGUGAGGACCGGCCAGUGUGGAAGUUGUCCAAACGCGGCAAUCAGUACUGACAAUCAGGGGGCGAAAAAACGAUAUCGGCGCGAAUGACGCGAGCUAACCGCGGUGCCCUCGGCUUGCAACAAGUUGCAGGAAUGCUUUCGAGUGGAUUCUAACGAAUUCUUUGAUUCCGUUUCUUCGUUCGCGAGUGUGUUCUUCGUCUGUCCGUUUGUUCGUUUAUUCGUUCGUUCGUCGUGCGUGCGUGCGUGUGUGUUCGUGACCGAGAGGAUUAAUUCGACGAUGGUCCUGUGAGAAGCCGCUGUCAAUCUCGGUCAUGGCAAUCGGAUCUCUAAACCUAGUGUGGACUGUAAUCAAGAGCGAUUGUACUCGAAAAUUAUGUCGCAUGGCGUGAUCGUGAUCUCCGAACAUUCUUCCGAAGGUUUGACGAGGCAAAACCGGCGGCGGCGACGAAUGAGAAGUUGAGAAGCAGAGGACGAGUUCGGUCGGCGAUGAGAGUUUGAGUCGCGCGGAAAGUGCUUUCAAGAGUGCCUGGGCCCUGGUUCGCGUGUUUCGUCAACGAGAGAAGAACAGAGAGAGAGAGAGAGAGAGAGAGAAAGAGAGAGAGAAAGAGAGCGGAAGACGACGACGAGUGCUGUAAAAAGGAAGCUAAGAGGGGGCGAGUGUGUCGCUGACACGAGUUGACGCGACGCGACACGACGUGACGCGGCGUGACGUGACGUCGGGGCGUCGAGAUGCCUCGAGAUGAGAUGGCCACCCCCGUUGGAACCCUCGCGUCACUUCUCACGCUUCUGCUGUGUGCUUCCAGUAGCUGCCACGCCAGGAUAACCAAUCAGGAAAUCGGAUUUGGAGACUCGGAAAGAGCGAAAAAGGAGUUGUAAAACAUAGUACUCGCGUGCACCGAUAGAGAAUUAAACUAGAAACAAGAAGAAGACGGUGCGCAGGUAUAAUAUGAAACAUGCGGACCAAGGAGCAUUAUUAGAGGCAUAGAUCAUCGUUUGUGAGACUCAGUAAAUUUUGGGUUUUCGGGUCAACCACGACACAUGCGACCGAUGUUCCGAUAAUUUUCUACGAGCGCCUCGAAGGCUCGGAAUGUUUUGAAAUCAUUGAUUGUUGUCAUCACCGAAUAUACACGACAACGGUUGGUGACUGGAGUGACAAGACUUUGUUGUUUUUACUGACUGUUUUGUUUUUAUCACGUAAUCUCUCCUUGACCAAGCCAUUGUGUCUCAAGCCGAAGAGCAACGAACAUUUCGCGACGCGAACUGUGUACGUUAUAACGUUAGAUAUCAUUUCCGUCGUAUGAUUAAAAUAUUUCGCGGGAUAUUAAAUCGGACUGUAUCGUCGGUAUCGCGUUAAUUCACACAUAUUUCUUCGUCGAAUCGUCGUAUCUACGGGAGUGCCAGUGUCAGUGUCAGUGCCAGUGCCAUGAGAGGGUAUUCAGAGUACCACGACAGAGCAGCCAGGAGUUGGAUCGGGAAACUAGGACAAAGGACUCGAGAUCAGCGAUACGUCAUAUAUUUACAGUGACAAUGACAGAUGCGGAAGCAGUGGCAGGCCAAACUGCGCAGUUACCCUGCGACGUGAAACCGCCACUCCCCGGGGACAAGCUGCACCUGGUUAUUUGGUACAAGGAGGAAACGGACGCGCCGAUAUACAGCUUCGAUACGAGAGGGAGGGAGAGCCUGGAUCAAGGAAGCCAUUGGCAGAACGGCAGCCUGGACAGACGCGCGUUUUUCAAGCAUUCCGAGAGUCCCGCGAAACUCACCCUGGAAAACGUUCGCGAGAGCGACGCGGCUGUUUACAGAUGCAGAGUCGACUUCAAGCAGUCGCCGACGCGCAACAGCAAAGUCAAUCUAACGGUCAUCAUACCGCCGGAGCAGCUUAGCAUAUUGGACGAAGACGGAGGGUCUCAUAUUCCCCAUUACAUCCUUGGCCCGUACACCGAGGGAGCGUCUCUCAAUAUCACGUGUGUCGCCGCCGGUGGACGACCGCAACCACGAGUGACAUGGUGGCGGGAAAAUGCUCUACUAGACGACAGCUACGAAGCUGUCGGUACUAAAAGGGUCCGCAAUAUGCUGCGAUUGGAAAAGUUAGGCCGCGAGCAUUUGCAUGCGAUUCUGACUUGCCAAGCCUCGAACAACAAUAUGGUGUCGCCGAUAUCAAGCUCGGUGUCGCUCAAUAUGAACUUGAAACCACUCUGGGUCCGGAUUCAAGGAGAUAUCCGUCCAUUUAGCGCUGGCAAGACCUACGAGAUAGGUUGCGAGGUCGUCGGUGCUAGGCCGGAGCCCAAGAUCACGUGGUCCAAAGGGAACAUGAUAUUGCGAAAUGCGCGACAGACGGCGACUCCCGACGGCAACAUAACAACCAGCAUCCUCACAUUCGUGCCGAAUAUCGAAGACGCCGGAAAGUUCCUGUACUGUCGCGCCAACGUGCCAGUUAUUCCGGACUCGGAGAUGGAGGACGGAUGGAAGCUCAAUAUAUACCACGAGCCUGUGGUUACCCUCGAGCUUGGCAGCAAUUUGAAUUCGAGCGCGAUACGGGAGGGUAUCGACGUUUACUUCGAGUGCAACAUCAAGUCCAAUCCCUGGGUUUACAAGGUUUCCUGGCGCCAUAACACCAAUCCGCUGUAUCACAACGCGGCGACCGGAACGAUAAUAAGUAAUCAGAGCCUGGUACUGCAGAGCGUCACUCGCAGCAGAGCUGGGAUUUACACGUGCAUCGGCAAUAAUCAAGAGGGCGACGGCGAGAGCAAUCCGCUGAACUUGGACAUAAAGUUCGUACCGGUAUGCCAACACGGCCAGACGAAGGUAUUCGGCGUGGCGCGGCAGGAGACCGCGAGCAUCCCCUGCGAACUGGAGGCGAACCCGCCGGAAGUAUCGUUCACCUGGAAAUUCAAUAAUACAAUGGAGGCAGUGGACAUACCUCAGGCACACGUCACGAGCGACCGUACACGCUCGAUAGCCUCCUACACACCAAUGACCGAGUUGGACUAUGGCACUCUCCUUUGCUGGGGCAGCAAUGACCAGGGCACUCAGCUCGAGCCCUGCGUCUACCAUAUCGUGCCAGCUGGCCGGCCGGACACGCCGCACAACUGCUCCUUAUUGAACCAAACGACCGACUCGAUCUACGUGGAGUGCAUCGAGGGCUUCGACGGCGGGCUGCCGCAAAAGUUCACGAUGCAGGUGGACCGCGAGAUCGGGCCCGGCAAGAGCGGCGGGUCUUCCGCUACCGCCGGCGCCGCCGCUGCCGCCGCCUCCUCCUCCACCACGACUGUCUACAACCAGACAAGCAAGCUGCCGACCUUCUCUGUCAACAAUCUGGACCCCGGCAGCACCUACGAAGUUUCUAUUUACUCCACCAACGCCAAAGGUCGCAGCGAGACCGUGCACUUUCGCGCCACCACUCUGAAUCUCCCUGAGAGACGAACAGCAGGUGAAAUGCUGGCGCAACCACCCUCGCCGGAGAAUUGCACGAUCCGGGAGGAGAGCCGGACGACCGUGCGGGUGAGCUGCGCCGAGAGCGAGUACUUCGACGAAAACACCGCCACCUACGUACUGCAGGUCUUCGACGCCGACACCAGGCGGCUGUUGGCGUCCGCGACGAGCCUGACGCCGAGCAUGCUCGAGGUGACGAAUCUGCCGGCCGAGAGGAGCCAGUCCGGCCUGGUGCUGUCUCUCAGGAUCAUGACGGCGCAGGCGAUGAGCGACGCCACGGUCCUGCACAGCCUGCACUUUGCUCGGGAGGGUAAUACCCAGGAGCACCAGCGAUACCCAGCCCUAACACCAGUCAUGUUGUCGCUGUCGGGUCCGCUGCUGGGCGCCGUGGUGGGAGCCGCAGCGGGGUUGCUCCUGGUGAUCUUCGUGAUCGUGAUGGCUGUCAAGCUGCGCUAUCGACCCCGAUCUCAGGAGGACAAGGACUCUCAUGACGACGGCGGCAUGGCGAACCUGGCGGCGUCGGGAACCGGCGCCUCGUCCCCGCGUGACAAAUCGGCGACCUUGCCCCUCAACGCCGAUAGCAUCGAGAGCUUCGAGAAGGAUCCCGACAUAAUACCGCAUGCAAAUGAAAAUUCAUACGCGGAACUAUGCAAAGGAGCAUCACCGCGAUAUGUGCUGCAGCAGCAACGCCCGGACGCAAAUACCUUCACGGGCGCAAACAACCAGGGAUCCGAGCUAACGUACGCCGAGUUAACGCUCAGGGGAAACCGGCGGAUACCUCUAAAUUGCUACCAGCCCGUGCAAAUCUCCAGCAUCCAGCGGCCCCAGCUGCUGCCCAUGUCGACUUUGACGCGCAGACAACCGAUCCAGGAGCCGACGAUUUACGCGCAAGUUGCCAGUCAUUCUAAACCGAUUUACGUGCCACCACCACACCCGUACAUGAAUCGUCCCAGCGACGAGAUCACGGCGGAAACGCCAUUGAUCGGACACGACAAUAAGAUCACUACGAUCAGCCAUUCGGGCAGCUCAAUCUGGCGCACCGACACGACGCCUUCCUCGAACGCGCCGACGACAUGAUUUCAACAAGCUGCACUGUAAUCCACGAUUCCAUUCGCUCCCUGAACGUCUCUUAAUGUACACCACUCCUUCUCCCUCCCUUUCCCUUUUCUUCCUGCUUCACCCACCACCCUUCCCGUCCCUCCUUCGAAAAGAAGAGGAAUAAGAAAAAAGAAUGGUACAGAAUGCACAUCGAUUCCACGUAUGUGUUAAAUGCGGAGUUCUUCGAGGGAGACGCCGCGGUCCCUCCGUCGGCGGAAAUUGUUAUAGUACUUCUUAUACUAUAGGAGUGUUGAAUAGAGGAUUCGUUCGACGAUGAAAGUAAUUAACGAAAUCGCGCGGAGUAUAUUAUAUACGUAUACAUAGAGGAGAAAGAGAGAGGAAGAGUGUGCGUGUGUGUGUGUGUGCGCGCGUGUGCAUGUAUGUAUGUAUGUAUGUGAGAGAGUGAAAGAGAGAGAGAGAGAGAGAGGGAGAUUAUGCGCUUUUCGAAUGAUUUGUGAUAGCGUGGUCGGUCGGAGCCGGAAAAGCUUGAACCGUUUUUCUCUUCAGCCGUCCAUAAAACUCGAGGCUCGCUGCGCGACCGCUGUUUCGAUCCCCGAGCGACGAGAAACGUUCGUCGUAGCGCGCGUCUAAGUCUGAAGUUUUUUCGUGAGACGGGUAAAAGAAUAAAUAUGUUAUCAGAGGAUUUAUAUGUGUGUUAUCGCGGUAAUUAGCGAUGCGUUGCUCUGACGCGAAAACGGCGAGCGUUUCCCCGAGCGAUCUUCAACCCGCAUCCCCGUGACGCUCGCAAAUCUCCCAUGAAAGAUUCUCUCCUUUUAUCUUUACCACGGAUAACGGGAGGAUUUUCUGAGAAACAUUCGAUCGCGAUGAUCUCGACCAGCACAGUCGCGAAUUGAAGAUCGAAAUAGCGCUCGCCAAGUGUGUGUAAAUCGAACAACGUCGGUGGAUUAUGAACGCAACGAUACACAGCGUGAUCGGUAGGGCGAAGUUAGUCGAGCGUUUAUUGUUGUUGCACGUGUUAUCCGGCACUUUCUGUAGUUUCUACUGUCACGCGCAAGUUCAGUUCCGAAACGUGCCAUUAGAAUUCUCCGUGUCCGAGUCAUCGUUACUGAACUAACAUAUUUCCGUUUCAGUAUUCUACGUGAAAUUCUCAAGCGAAGUGCAGAUUAUUCUUUAAAAAAAAUAAGAUAAAGGAAGAAUCGAUGGGAUAUUGUUCUGAGAAUUUCUGCUAUUCAACGACGCGUGAUUCUACGGGUGAUUGAAUUUUCUUCCGUUUCCACGUCUUCUGCCUUCUCUUUUAAUAGAAAGUAAAACGGUGAAUCUCUUGUUCGAAAUUAGAAUACGUCGGGAAGCGAGUUGUUUCCACGUUUAGUACUCGGUUACGUUGUUAAUAAAUGUUAGCAGAAUCGUCGCGCGAGAGAAAAACGAGAUUAAAAGUGAUACGUGAGCUCGGAAAGAUCGUAUUGUCCAACUUGAUGGAUCGAGCAUUGAGUUUUGUAGACAUGCACUUUUCUUUCGACUCCAUCCCGAGCCGCUUCCACCUCUACAGAAUACCAUGUACGCGUUCGAGUGAGAGACGACGCGCGAGCUUUAACGUCGCGAUUAACCGGAAGAAUAUGCCUUCUUUCUCUCGCUUCAGUUUCAUAGUUACCCGCUACUUACGUAGUGACCAUUUAGCGUAAGUAAGUUUGUUCAUUCAAAGGGAGUUAUGUAGACGAGUUACCGGUAGCAAGAGUAGACGAUAUCCGAGAAGGUGGAUGAAGCGAGGAAGCUUUCUCUCUCUUGGAGGAAUCACGAUCGAUCGUCGAUGUAACGAGUCCUUGCGCGCACUCUCGUUGGUCUCCCGUUAUUCCGGGAAGAAGGGGGGGGGGGGGGGGAGGG